CCUGCCCCCUGGAGGCUAAAUCCUUGAGAUCAGAGGAGCAGUGGAAGGUGUUUACAGGGUUUAUCAGAUCAGUUCCAGCGUAAAUGAAGGAGGCGACACCUGCUCCACACUAAGCAGCUGUAAUCCCUCCUCCUGCUCCUCCUGCUCCUCCUGCUCCUCCUCCUCUAAAUGGAUUAACAGCAGAAACCAGGGCACCGACCACAAACAGGGACGAGAAGAAACCUCGACCGGCGCAGGAGGAAGGAUUUUGGACGGUUUCCACGGACCUGCAGCAACCUGAGAUUUUUCCAACCACCUCCUCAUCCUCAUCCUCAGCUAGCCUACUCUGCUAAAUGCUAACUGGCUCAUCUGCUACGACGCAUUCAUAACUAUCUGUAACUGAACCUACCUGUAGCUGCAGUACCUUAGCCUACUCUGACUGUAGCUUCAUCUAGCACUUUAAAUAGCUAGCAUUAACGUAGCCGAACUUCUUACUUAGCUUUGUAACUAGCCUGUUUAUGAGUCGUUUAACAUAACAGUUUUACGAGCUACGAAUAUUUUAGCCUAGUCUGAUUCCUCUUCAUUUAGCAGAUCAAUUAGCUAACCUUAAUGUAGCCUAGCUUCUUACUCAGCUUUGUAACUUAGUCUGUUUAUAAGCUAACCUCAUUUAACAGAACUUUGGGUUGGCCUUGUACUACAAAGCCAAGUUACAAUCUAGCUAGCAAUAAUUUAGCCUAGCCUUGAAGUACCAGCAUCUAGCAGUUUAAUUAGCUAGCAUAAACACAGCCUAGCUUCCGACAUAGAUUUGUAACUUAGCCUGUUUAUAAGAUAACCUCGUUUUACACAACUGUGAGUUAGCCUUACUAGGAAUGUGUAGCUAGCACUAACAAUGCCUAGCUUAUUAAAUAGCUUUGUAACUAAAAACCACUUAUAAGAUAACCCCAUUUGAUAUUUGGGUUAGCCUUGUAUUACAGAGCUUAGUUAUAAUCUAGCUAGCAUAAUCUAACUAGAAAUUUUGCAGUUCAGUCAGCUAAUCUUAAUAUAGCCUAGCUUCGUACUUAGCUUUACUACCUAACCUGUUUGUCAAUUAAGCAGGUUUUACACUGUAAAUUAGGUGUUUUACAAUCUUAGCUAGCAAUAAUAUAGCCUAGCCUUGCAGUAGCAACUCCUAGCAAUUUAAUUAGCAUCGUUGUUGAUUAUAAAUUAGUUUCAAUGGAAGUUUAUUUGUGUUAUGAUUCAGAAGAAUGAAUAAGUGUAUGAAAAAUAAUAAUUCACUGUUUUAAAGUUAGCAAGCAAUAAAUUAGCUGUAGCUGUUAGCGACACAGACAUGGAUCCAGACGGAGAAGAAGUCGACGUAUUUUCAGAGACAGAAGACCCGAUUCCUCUGAGAGCAGAGGAGGAGGAGGAGGAGGAAGAGGAGGAGGAGGAGGAGGAGGAGGAUGCUCGGGUCUUCAACGCUUGGAUGCAGCAGUACAGAGGCGGAGAAAGACUGAAGAAGACGAGCGAGAAGGGGGAGGAGGAGAAGGAGGAGGAAGGGGAGUCAGAGGGAGGAAUGCCUAAGAGCAGGGGCGGCGUAGAACCGACGCUUCAGAUGAAGCUCGACCGCCGAGCUUCGCUACCAAGUCCGGCCGCCCUCUCAGCCAUGCAGCUGUCUCGUCUCCACUCGUCCACUCGGGCUCCGGUGACGGCGAGGGUCCUGUUGCGUCGCUCCUCCUCCCGACGCCUCCUCCCCUCACCACAGGAGGCCGACGCCCCCCCUCCAGUGGAGCGGAGGACGUCUUUGAUACCCACAAUCCCUGAGGCCGUGCCCCCCGAGAGGCGGGCGCAGUUCAGGAGGCGCAACGUCAUGUCUCUGAGCGACGCCUACAGCGUUUGUCUGAUCUGUCACAAGGACCUGAACGGAGGAUCCGGUGGAACCAGAGAGCUGCCGUGUACACACACCUUCCACAGAGAGUGUAUAGAGGAGUGGUUGUGGAGGAAACAGUCCUGUCCGACGUGUCACGUUGAGGUGUCCAUGUCACAGUCCGUCUGCUGGAACUCCACAGGACUCAAAGUCCCCUGAGACCCCCAACCACCGCCCCCCAUCCUGGACCAGAACUGGGCUGGAGGCUGGAGCAUUUAAGAGCUGGUUGUUCUGAUGAAACCACAGUAACCUCACUCACUGUCUUCACAGUUUCUUCUUCUUGGAAAUGUCUCCUGUAAAUAAAAGAUCUGAAAAA